UUAAGUGCCAGUAUGAAUUCGUUUGCCUCUCAUUUUAAAUUCAAUAAAAAAUUGUAUUCAUUACUCAUGAGAAAUUAAUGGUCGCUUUUUUUUAAUUUUUCAAAUGGUAAAAACAAGACAAGACCAACUUUAAUAAAAUUUAAUUAAAAUGAGCAACAAAAGUGAUUUCCGAAAUAUCAUCAGUAGCAUUCGGAACUUGCGCCUCAUAAAGAGGGAAGGCAACAACAAUGCCAGCAGUGAGAACGCCGGCGACGAUAAAAUGGACGACGUUGACAACAACAACAUGGACGACGUGGAGAACGACAACAACGCUGUCAACCUGCACAACAUCUACAACAACAUGCAACAGCAACAUCAGCACAACACACCCACCACCACCGUGAACAAUGGUGUCCGCAUUCUGACGAUAACACGUGACGAAUGUGGGUUUGGGUUUAACGUUAGAGGUCCAAUGAGUGAGGGGGGCCCAAUGAAAAGUCUCAAUGGGGAGUUGUAUGCCCCACUGCAGUACGUCAGUGCUGUCAUGGAACGGGGAUCUGCUCAUAAAUCUGGACUGUUGGUUGGAGACAGAAUUUUAGAAAUCAAUGGAAAAAAUGUGGAAGGCUGCUCCCACUCUAUGGUCAUCGAAAUGUUGAAAUCAACUGUUGACCUGCUGCAACUGACAGUCAUAACACCAAAUGUUGGCUCAUCUUCUGGAGAUCUCGCCACCAACAGCAGCUUUAACAACAACAACGUUACUGAUGAUUACACCAUGCAAGAUAUCAGCCCGCAACAGCAGUUGCAGCAACAACAGCAGCUUCAUCCAGAGCAUCAUUUCAUCUCCAUCCCAGAUUACCAGGAAGCUGACAACAACGGGGAUAAGUUUAUUGUCUUCAACAUCUACCUGAACAGCCGCAUGAUCUGUUGCAGACGAUACAGUUGCUUCGAUCGCUUGCAGAAAAUUUUGAGGAGCCACUUUCCUAGCGUCCACUUUCUCACAUUGCCCGGAAAGAAAUUUUUCCCACUCAACGACGUCCAAUUGGACAACAGGAGGCGGGGUUUAGAAAGGUUCCUAGUGUCAGCGUGUUCUUUCAAAGAUGUCUUCAAUUGUGAUCCAAUGAAACAGUUUCUCAAUCUGCUAAACAGCCAGCCGUCAUCCUUCUCGCCCUCUGGCACCUCUACGGCGUCUUUAUCCUGCACUGCUGCAGAAGAGGAGGCCUUCAUGGAGUCGAGGGUGAUGAUGAAAUUUCUCAUGCCUGAUCAGUCGCUGAUGGAGGUGGCAGUCAAUCCCGACGAUCAUACCGAUGCUGUUUACAUGAAAUUAGCAAACCACUUGUGUCUGAGAACGGAUGUCCUCCCAUUCUUCGCCCUCUUUGAAAUAACAAAAAGUGGAUUUGAGCGCAAGUUGUACCCUGAGGAACUUCCAUUUGAAAUGUACACCAAUCAGCAGCAGCCAUUCAACUUGGCCUCAUGCAUCUCAUUCAAUAAGUGGCUCUUCUCGAAAGAUAAAGAGGAAUUCAUCUGUAAAGACCCUCUCGUCACCAGUCUCAUUUACUCCCAGGCAAUGGAAAGCAUUAGAAACAAGCAGCUUGAACUGGGGGAUCUCAAGGAGCAGAUCAAGAGUCUCGUGAUGUCUGGCAAACGAUAUGCUACGUUGCAAGCACUGCGCACGUUGGCCAACUACUUAGUCGUCACCUUCCCACACUGCCAAAGUGACUCCCGGAAACGGGGUCACGUGAUCUGCGUGGUGUCCUACGACUGCUUCAAGAUGAUGGCCUGCACGAAAGAUGGCGUAUUAGAGUCAAACGUGGCAGUGCUAUUGUGGGGGGAGAUCGAACAUUAUGAGCUGAUAUCUACUUCACCGCUGCCAUCGUCAUCGUCACAAUCCUCGACGUCGACGUCGUCAUCGUUACUGGUGGCGACACCACUGUCGUCGUCGUCGUCGUCGUCUUUAUCACUACCUCCAUUCUACUUAAGUGUGACCUUCAGAAAGGGAUGUGAAUCGCCAAGGACGAUUAAGAUAUUUUCCGAUUAUAGUCGUUACCUCAGGGAGUGUUUUGAUAGAGUAUUUGAAGAGAGGAAACAAGCUUCUAGAGCUUCACACUACGAACAAACCUAGCUAACAAGUCAAUCAGCAAAUCAAUCAAUUAAUCAGCCAUUCAAUCAAUCAAUCAUUCAUUCAUGCAAUCAUUCAUUCAAUCAAUCAUUCAUUCGUGCAAUCAACCAAGCAACUAAUCAACCAAUCAUUUUAUUAAUCAUCGCCUCGAUCAAUCAUUAUUGUUCAGUCAGUCUGCUGUUUUAUACCAAUAUCAUUUUUUUAACUUCUUGAACGUAGAUAACUCUAGUGUACUUUCAACAUAAUUUUUAUUACGAUCUGU